CUGUGUAUCGCUCCUAAGCGGUAAUUGAGUUCACGGUACGCGCCCAGUGAGUCGCUCCGUGGUAUUAAACAACGAACGCCGCAUAGUAAGAAGGGAACAUACAAAAUGGCUUCAAGAGACCCAGCUACUGACCAACUCAUUAACUACAAGAAAACUUUAAAGGAUUCUCCUGGUUUCAUCACCACUAAAUCUGGAGCUCCUGUUGGAAUCAAAACGGCGAUACAAACGGUGGGCAAGAAUGGUCCAGCCUUAUUACAGGAUGUUAACUUUCUUGAUGAAAUGUCAUCCUUUGACAGGGAGCGUAUUCCAGAACGAGUGGUACAUGCUAAAGGAGCUGGAGCUUUUGGGUACUUUGAAGUAACUCAUGACAUCACCAAGUACAGUGCUGCCAAAGUAUUUGAGUCCAUAGGCAAAAGGACACCGAUUGCUGUUAGAUUCUCAACAGUUGGUGGAGAGAGUGGAUCUGCUGAUACUGUUCGUGACCCUCGAGGUUUUGCUGUAAAGUUCUAUACUGAUGAUGGAGUGUGGGAUUUAGUUGGAAAUAAUACUCCCAUUUUCUUUAUAAGAGAUCCAACAUUAUUCCCGAGUUUUAUCCAUACUCAGAAGAGAAACCCUGCAACACAUCUGAAAGAUCCAGACAUGUUUUGGGACUUUUUGACCUUAAGACCAGAGACCAUCCAUCAACUUCUUUACUUGUUUGGAGACCGUGGUAUUCCUGAUGGCUACAGACAUAUGAAUGGAUAUGGUUCCCAUACAUUCAAGCUUGUGAAUUCUCAAGGUGUUGGGUACUGGGUAAAAUUCCACUAUAAGACUAACCAGGGGAUUAAAAACUUAUCAGUUGACAAAGCAGGUGAACUGGCAUCAACUGAUCCUGAUUAUUCCAUUAGAGAUCUGUAUAAUUCCAUUGCAAAGGGUGAUUACCCAUCAUGGACUUUUUACAUUCAGGUGAUGACUAUGGCUCAAGCAGAAAGCUGUAAAUUUAAUCCGUUUGACCUAACUAAGAUCUGGCCACAUGCAGAAUAUCCUUUAAUUCCUGUUGGUAAAUUGGUUUUGGAUAGAAACCCUAAGAAUUACUUUGCUGAAGUUGAACAAAUUGCUUUCAGUCCAUCUAAUUUAGUACCAGGAAUUGAGCCAUCUCCAGACAAAAUGUUACAAGGAAGACUGUUUGCCUAUAGCGAUACACAUCGCCAUAGACUUGGUGCUAACUACCUCCAAAUUCCUGUAAAUUGUCCAUACAAAGUUGCUGUUUCCAACUACCAGCGUGAUGGACCUCAAGCUAUUCACAAUCAAGACGACUGCCCUAACUAUUUCCCCAACUCUUUUUCUGGACCACAAGAAUGUCCACGUGCUCAGCGUUUGCAACCUCGAUACAAUGUCGGCGGAGAUGUAGACCGGUAUGAUAGUGGCCAGACUGAGGACAACUUCUCCCAAGCGACAGCACUGUAUAAACAAGUUUUUGAUGAUGCAGCUAAACAACGAGCUAUUGCCAAUAUAGUAGAUCACCUCAAGGAUGCUGCUGCGUUUAUUCAAGAAAGAGCUAUCAAGAUCUUCUCUCAGGUACAUCCUGAACUUGGAAAUAAAGUAGCAGCUGGUUUAGCUCCUUACAAAAAAUAUCAUGCAAAUUUGUAAAGGAAUAAUAUAGAAAUUGGUGCUAUUUUAAAUGGUGACAUGUAGUGAAUAUUUUAUCCUCUUUUGGGUUAUAUGAUCGUUCUCAUAUUUGAUCAAUAUUUUUUAUUAAAUUUGACAACUGUAUAAGUACAAGCUGUAAUCAAUAAAUAUGGGGAGUUUCUUUUGAACACUAAACACUCUUAAAAUGGAUAACUGAAAUUUACUACGAUGUAAAUUUAAUGGGUGUAAAUUCUGUGUUUUGAAACAAAAAAAAAUUGUACAAUUUUGCUUUUUUUAAGCUAUAAAAUCGGGUACAAUAUUUAUCUAUAGUAUACUAUUGAGGGUAAUAUACAUUUAUUAUUACACU